AUGUCGUCUUUUUUUUAUGCAAGCAAGAUGUCAGGUAAAAGAUUUAAUCAUGAUUUAGCUGGUCCUGGUGGUUCACCUAACAAUAAUUUUGUUAUGUUUUUUAAUAAUGUUCAAGAUAGUAAAAGAGCUAUUUAUAAAACUUUAAGAGGAAAAUCUGGAGUAUAUUUAUUUAUAAACAAUAUAACUAAUGAUUUAUAUGUGGGGAGUAGUAUUACUUUAUCUAAAAGAAUGACUUCUCAUUUUUACCUUGCAAACUCCGAGAAGGCUACAAAUAUAGUAUUAGCUAGAGCAAUGAGAAAGUAUGAAUUAAAAAGUUUCUCUUUGGGUAUAUUAGAAAUUUGUGCUUCAGAUACCAUAGUCUGUUCGGAAUUAGAACAAAAAUGAAUGGAUUAUUAUAAACCUAGAUAUAAUGUACUAAAAGUUGCAGGUAGUUCAUCAGGUUUUCGUCACUCUGUUGAUACUAUAAAUAAACUAAAAGAGCAAUUCAAAAAAGAAAGUCACCCAAAAUACGGUACAGUUAGUUCCCCUGAGACAAUAAAUGCCAUUGCCCAGGGUAUUAAAGAAUUUUACCUUACUCAUAGUCAUCCCUCUAAAGGAUUAAAAGGUAAACUUUCUCCCCAAUAUGGUAUCGGGGGUAAAUCUGUUUUUUGCUAUAACCAAAAAGGUGAAGAAUUAAUAUUCCCAUCCAUUAAUGGAGCUAAACAACAUUUCCAUGUUAGAUGAACACUUAUAAAAAAAAGUAUAGACACUGGCCAGUCAAUAUAUUUAAACGGGGAACCGUGAAUUAUACAAUCUUUACCUCGUCCAGCUCGUUAA